AUCAGACUUUCUCUGGAGGCAGAUAGCUGGAAUUGUUGAUAAGACACUGUGUGACAUUGCAUGUUUGUUUGACUUACUAAGGCCAAAUAUACUCACCUUACAAUGGCAGCGCACCUGUUCCCCAUAUUGAUUGCACUCCUCGUGCACUGCACAGAUGGAGAUGUGGCUAAGGUGAUGGAAGAUGUUACUAUGGUAACUGUAACCACCACUGAAUCGGUAAAUGCUGUAGAAUGCCGGGACGCCCCGGACGUGGACUGUCUGCUUUACUCGUCCACAAAGAUCUGUGACAAGGACAGCAUCUACUACCCCUGGGCCAAAGUCAGGUGCCCCUUCUACUGCGGCUUCUGUCAACGCCCCACGCUGACUAUUCUUUGUAAGGACGAGAUUCCUAACUGCGAGGACUACAGCCGGGACCUGUGCACCAAUCCGCUAUAUCGGAUUUUCCGAGAGAAAAACUGCAGGAAAUCCUGCAAAAUUUGCACAGACUUUGACUCGGUCCCUAACACAGACUCUUUGGUAGGAUGAGUUACCACUCAUUGCCUGAUUGGCAAAACUGUGGUAUUAGAUUUGGCAAUAAACAAAAAACACAGAAAAAAA